UAUGUAACCAAAGCUGGAUGUGUAGAACGUCACAUGUUGUUUCUCUCUUCACUUCGGUAACUUAGCGAUAUGGGUUAUUUACUGUUAAACCGCUACAUACGCCGGACGCACAACCGGCGCCUGGAGUGAAACAGAGCCUUCGAGAGAUACGGCCUAUAGGCUACAGAGUUUAUCUCUCCAGCCUUCGAUAAGUGAGAAUAUAACAACAGGUUAAGGAAAGUGAGAGUUGUUUUAUAAAGGACGAUAGAAUGGCAAAUCCCCCAAAUACUGGAGGAGGACACUUGUUAUCCAACGCGAAUAUUAACAACAACAAGAUUAAGAAAUGUGGAUACCUCAAGAAGCAGAAGCACGGACACAAGCGCUUUUUCGUUCUGAAGGAGCCGAGCGAGGGCUUCCCUGCCCGGCUGGAGUACUACGAGAGCGAGAAGAAAUGGAAAAACAAGUCGGCGGCAAAGAGGGUUAUUCCUCUGGACUGCUGCCUCAAUAUCAACAAGAGAGCGGACUCCAAACACAAACACCUUAUUGCCCUCUAUACCAAGGACGAGUAUUUUGCUGUGGCGGCAGAGAAUGAACAGGAGCAGGAGAAUUGGUACGGAGUCUUAACUGAUUUAAUGAGCGAGGGGAAAGUGUACUCAGACGGCUCCGCAUCCAAUUCCGCGUCCUCGCUGGUGGGGUUUGAUGAGGCGAACUACGGGAUGAUUACGCCGGUAACGGCUGUGUAUAAGGAGGUAUGGCAAGUUAACCUAAAAUCCAAAGGGCUGGGACAGAGCCGGAAUCUUACCGGGGUGUACAGGCUGUGCUUAUCUAGUCGGACUAUCAGCUUCGUAAAGCUCAACUCGGAUGUGGCGUCCGUCAGUUUACAGCUGAUGAACAUUCGGAGAUGCGGGCACUCAGAGAGCUUUUUCUUCAUCGAGCUCGGCCGGUCAGCAGCCACGGGACCCGGCGAGCUGUGGAUGCAGGCUGACGACUCUGUUGUGGCGCAAAACAUCCAUGAGACUAUCCUGGAGGCGAUGAAAGCCAUGAAGGAGCUGUCAGAGUUCCGGCCGCGCAGCAAGAGCCAGUCAUCGGGCACUAACCCCAUCUCCGUGCCCACCCGGCGGCACCACAACAACCUCCCCCCAAGCCAGACCGGGCUCCAGCGACGGUCGCGCACUGACAGCAUGGCCAAGACGUCCCCCAUGAGUAAAUUCACCUCCUGUCGGAUACGCACUGCCAGCGAGGGAGACGGCACCAUGGCGCGCCCCUUGCCUGUGAACGGGAGUCCCCUCAGCCCCAGUAUUCACCGGACCCUAUUAGGGAGAUCAAACACCAUCACAGCCCAGCCCUGCCAGACAUUUGAAUCCUCCUCCCUCCAGCACAGUAAGUCCAUGUCCAUGCCUCUGUCCCACUCCCCACCCACAGCCACCCCCAGCCCUGUCAGUCUGUCCUCUUGCUCUGAAAGCAGUGCUCCUCGCCCCUCCAGCUGCAAUGCCUCUGUCUCUGGCUCCCCCAGUGAUGGCGGCUUCAUCUCCUGUGAUGAGUAUGGCUCUAGUCCUGCAGCCCUGUACCUCACUCGCCGCAGCAACACCCCAGAGUCUCUAAGGGCAGACACACCCCCCUCCCGGGAUGGCAGCAACCUGCAUGGCUACAUGGUGAUGGAGAGGCAGAACCAGAAUGGUUUCUGCCGGUUACCAGAGCUGGACAAGGCAUACCGGAAACGCACAUACUCCCUUAACACCCCGCCCCAGCACAGGGCGCCGCCCCAGGUCUCCUCCACCUCAUUGGACGAAUACACGCUUAUGAGGGCCACCUAUACCAGUGGCGGCCAAUCGGGUCGCAGCUCUCACACCGCCUCCCCGAAGGUUACCUAUCCCAAGGACUAUGGCGAUGUCCAGAUAGGCUCCAACGGUCACCUAGGUGACUGUGGCUACAUGCCCAUGACUCCGGGCGUUGCCCCUCAGACAGGGUGGGUCAAAGGUGAUGCUUACAUGCCCAUGAGCCCCAUGUGUGUGUCGGCCCCCAAGCAGAUCAUCAACCCCCGCUCUCACCCCUCUCCAGCUGGGCUGGGCUCCCAUACCGACUCCCCUGGAAGCAUGUCUCUGGAGGACAGUGGCUACAUGAGGAUGUUCUGCGGGGCCAAGAUGUCUGUGGACAGCUCAGACGGGAAACUCACCAUGUCCCCUGUGGACCCCCUGGUCUCCUUCACCCCACCAGACUACAUCCUCACAGACACUACCCCCCAGCUUCACCCUCACCACAGACAGCCUUACUCCAACAGUUCCCUGCCCCGCUCUCUCAAAGCCCAGCCCCAGAGGAACAGGGUUACAGACACAGACCAAUACGUGGUGAUGAGUCUACAGAAGCAGAGGAUAGAGGAGGAGUCCAACUACUGCCCCAUCUCACCUGUCUGCACCGGAACGCCCCCCACCUCCACCCUCAGAGCUGGCAGGGUCACUCAGGAGGGGGGUCUGGUCCACAGGGGGAGGGUGAGUCGGCCUACCCGGCUGGCCCUGGACUCUCUGAGGACGCUGCCCUGUAUGAGCGAACACCCCCUGCCCUCUGAGCCCAGGAGUCCCGGGGAGUACAUCAACAUCGACUUUGGCAACACUACACGCUACCCGCCCGAGAGCUCUGGUUCAUCACUGGGCUCGGUGGACGGGCCGAUGAGGAGUUCCCCGCCACUCUCCGAUUACGUCAACAUUGACGUCAGCUCGCACUCUCCCAAACACAGGGAUUCCCCUUCUUCAAUAGGGCACCUGGAGCCGAGUCCUGCGCUCCCUGUGUGUCCCAGCCAGCCUCACAGAGAAGAGAAGAGGGAGCGAGAGGAACAGGAGAAGAUCAUCAUAGUGGAAUAUCCUCUCCAAAAGCAUGCGAGCCCUGUAUACCCGGUUGGCGCUGUAAAAGACGACUACACUGAGAUGACCUUCAGUCCUACCAACCCCUCUCCCUCUGCCUCUCUCCCUGCCACCCUGUGCCCCUCUGAUACCACCACCACCCCCCUGCCCACCAGCCCCUCUGCCUGUGUCCAGAGACUCACCCUGAUGGGAGAGGGUGCAGUGGGGGUCCCCCCGGUUCCUGUCGAGACCUUCUUCCUGGGGUGUCCGUCCCUCUCCAUCCCCAUCGUCGACCCAGACAGGGGGGCAAAGGUGAUCCGGGCCGACCCCCAGGGGCGCAGGCGCCACAGCUCCGAGACCUUCUCCUCCACCACCAUGGUAACGCCAGUAUGCCCAUCGUUCGCCCCCGAUGCCAACAAGCGUCACAGCUCGGCGUCGGUGGAGAACGUGUCGCGGCCAGUCCGGAGCUCGGAGGGUUCAGAUGAAGAGUAUGGGAACAGCAACAGCCCCAUGUGCCGGGAGACGUCGGCGGGCUACCAGAACGGACUCAACUACAUUGCCUUAAACCUGAUGGAAGGGAGCCUUGGGGGCUGCAGCAGUCUGGGGGGCAGUGAGGGACUGCUGAGGUUCAAGGCAGCGUGCGGAUGCAAGGGGGGCAUGAACGGUUUUAACACCAGCCCUUAUGCCACCAUGGGCUUCAAGGAAACUGCAACAGCAGUGAAAGACUGAACACUGAUGGGACCGCCCCCCUCCUACACCCCAUGUUCCUCGCUCCCUCUCUCUCGCUCUCCUGGCUGUGAAUGAGGGAUCAAGCUGCAGCCUAGUGACGAGGUCGCCACGCAGACAGCUGGACCGUGUGCUGCGGUAGACAACCUUUAACCUCCACCAUCCCCUCCCCAGGGGUCAACGGGACCACCAUCGUCACGGCAAUGUGGACACUCCCCCCCU